UAUAAAGCUAAAAAAAAAAAGAGCUGAAUAGACGAAAAUCAAAUACUUUGCCUCUCUCUUUCAAUUUUCUUCGCACUUUCCUCAUGAGUAAUACUGAUCAUUCACAUAUCACCGGCGGCGUUAAACCGUCGCCGCCUUCGUCAACAUCAACGGGAAUCGGUAAAGUCGACUCCGACUUCGUCGUAAUCCUCGCCGCUCUCCUCUGUGCGCUCAUUUGCGUCCUUGGACUUGUCGCUGUUGCUCGCUGCGCCUGGAUCCGACGGAUCUCCGCCAGAGCCACCGGAAAUUCCGCUUUUUCGUCACCUCCAGCUAAUAAAGGUUUGAAGAAGAAGGUACUCAAAUCGCUUCCGAAGUUCAGUUACGCAGCAGAACACGCUGUGAAAUUCUCCGAAUGUGCUAUUUGCCUGGCGGAAUUUGCAGUCGGAGAUGAAAUCCGAUUGCUGCCGCAGUGCGGCCAUGGAUUUCAUGUAGGAUGCAUCGAUACCUGGUUAGGCUCGCACUCAUCGUGUCCUUCUUGCCGGCAGAUUCUAGUGGUGACGAGAUGUCAUAAGUGCGGCGAGUUGCCGGUAGCUAGCUCGUCGUCGGCUCCUGGAGCUGAGCCGGAAAGCCAAUUACCGAGAAAUUAUCAUCUUAUUAAAGUGUGCGGCCGUCAAUCACCUUUCCGUUUUUUUUCCCGUGACCCAUAUUAAUGUAAGUAAUUAUUUUUGAAGAAUAUUGUUCAAUGCAUCUCCAUUAACUAAAUAUAUUUAAGGCAUAACUCAUUCAAGGCUGUGACUGAUGAAA